GGCGACCAUGUCUCUUUGCAACCUCAAUCUGCUCGCGCCAAAAUCUGUUUGGUCACAAUAGUCUUGCCCAUGUCUCGGCUCACCCUCAUCGUUGCAGCAACCCUUGAAAACGGUAUCGGCCAAAAUUCUACUCUGCCAUGGAGGCUUCCAAAGGAAAUGGCAUAUUUCGCUCGUACAACCUCUAACGCGCCGGAGGGCAAGAGGAACGCGGUAGUUAUGGGGAGAAAUACUUGGGAGAGCAUUCCACCAAAGUUUAGGCCAUUGAAGAAUAGGGUGAAUGUAGUGAUAACGCGAAACCGAGACUACCAUUUGUAUGUAUUCUCAUCGUUCAGGAUGGAAUGCAAAAAGAUUGUGAACGGCUGUGACGACCUCAGGGAUCCGCAAAGCUCAUCGACAUCCAAUGCACCUACCCAUCUCUGUACAAGCUUGGAAUCUGCACUGUCCUUAUUGUCAAACCCAACGAAAUUUGAAAAGCCUAUCCAUCGAAUAUUCAUCAUAGGCGGCGCAACACUGUACAACGAAACAUUAUCGCUACCUCCUUCAGCACCAUCCUUUGUCGACCGCAUUCUUCUCACUCGUAUCCACUCUCCAACGUUUAAAUGUGAUACUUUCAUGCCAGAUUUUCAAAACCAGGAUGACAUGGAAAACCGGCAGCAGUCGAGGUGGAAAAAGGCUUCACAUGCAGAGUUGCAGGAAUGGGUCGGGUUUGACGUUCCGGAAGGCAUGCAGGAGGAAAAGGAAAUACAGUAUGAAUUCCAGAUGUGGGUACGGUAGAGUGGUGGGGGAUGAGACUGAAGUUGAGAAUCGGUCAGUCUCGGAAGGGUCCUAGCCCUGACGCUACCAUAGAUGUUAGUGGAAUACUGUAGUAGAAAAGUAUAAAACAUACCUGUUUGUGCUUUGGGUUUCUCUUGCAGAUAAUAUAUAUCCUUCCUUUCCUCUUGACAACACUGCACCCCUC